ACUUAACACAUUUAGCAACACAAUGAAUAUUAUAUGUACGGUCUACUGUCGUCUUCAUUUAGAAGAUUAUCUAUAAAGAGAGAACAGAAAGCUCCAAAUACAAGAAGGAAAAAAACAGGGAAAAAACCAUUACUGCUCCCUCCGUUAAAAAGUGAUGGACGCUAUCAAUAAUGGAUCAUAUGAAAACAUUACGACAGCAGAACGUAACGAUUACGACUCAUUCUACGAAUUUUGGGGUGAUAGAAUAUCGCCCUUUUAUACGGAUUUGGACAAAGUUAUCAUCCCCAUCAUUAUGCCGAUCGUAAUCACUAUCGGUAUCAUUGGAAAUGUAAUGACAAUUAUUGUGAUAGCAAGUAAAAAGUGCAUGCACAUACCUAUUAACGUUUAUUUUGCAAAUUUGGCGGUAGCCGAUACGUUGUACCUAAUAGUGGAACCUGAUAUUAUAUGGAACUCUUAUCUUAAAAGUCCGAUGAUACAUAAUUUGUAUGACAUUGGUGAAGUGCCGAAUUGGGUUUGUCCACUAAUUAGGUUCCUCACAUAUACAGGAGAAUACGUGGCACUCCUUACAAUAUUUUGGCUGUCGGUUGAACGUUACAUGGCAGUCUGCAAACCUUUGAAGUUCCAACAAAGUGGAUUUGGGAUUUGUUCAAGGUCUUUAAAGAUCUGUGGCAUCAUCUGGUUUUUAUGUUUGUCUUGGAAUGUGCAUUUUCUGGUCGCGGUACGUACAAAAACCUAUAAAUUUACUUCGUCUAUCUCUUCUCUCUAUAAUUUGCCGAAUAUUGUUACACAGUGUGAGUUGGUAAAAGAUUCUAGCAUUUUGUGGUACGUAGAGCGAGCUGUCACUGCGCUAAUGAUACUGAUUAUGGUAAGUCUUUAUACGGCGAUUGUGAUCUCAGUGCGGAAGUCGCGAAUUACAAUAGCUGGGAUAAAACCAAGAUCAAAAUCAGAAAUAAAAAUUUCCCUGACAGCAUUUGUAACUGUUACGGUUUAUGUUGUUUGUAUGGCACCAUAUUACAUAUAUAUGAUAUUAAAUUACAAAAUCAACGCAUCAUUAUUGACAAUUUUCCAUCUCAUGGGUUAUAUAAAUUCAUCGGUAAAUCCUGUAAUAUAUAAUGUAAUAAAUUACAAUUUCAGACGAGCAUUCUGUGAUGUUUACUGCAGCAGAUGUAAGAUAAAAAAGAACACACCUACUAUUGUACACAUUUAGGAACUUAGAAACAAACCUGAAACAAUAUGAUUAUCAAGGAAUAUGAUAUUUGCAAAUUGUCCUGGAAAUUUUCUAUCAUCUUUACAUUAGACAGUAGGCCUAUUACACAGGGAGAAAAUUCCCUACUCUUUUCCGAAAAGAGCACUGUGUUGUUUGACGUGCAAAUGGACCAAUUGCUUAAAACGUUACUCGGAAAGUGCAUUAUUGAUAUCUUCAGCCCUCCGGAUUUUUGAAACAAGAAGAGCUGUGAUGGAAUCGAAAGGGAGACCAAGGGUAUGUGAAGAUCUCAGUUCAGCACACAUACAGUGACUGCCACCUUAGCGGACUGAACUAAGCUGCUCUCAAAAUAUCAUUAGAAGGUACUCCUCACUAAAUGGAAACUGCAUUUCUGCUGAGGUUUUACGG